AUGGCGCCAAAGGCGACAGGCGGUGCAGGACAGAAGACCGCCCAGGACUAUGUGACAGGACUGUGGCAGCAAGGGGUGGAUGAGGCGUCCGUGCGCCAGCAACUCCGUGAAGAUGGCUACAAGGCAGGAAGGAUUUCGCAAUUGAUCAAAGCAACGCGGCCCGCGCAAGAACAGGAGAGUCGAGCUGCAGCAGCCCCAAAGAGCAUGGCGAGGCUGGCAGGGAAGUCAAGAUCUUCAAGCUCCGCAUUGAGUCGGGAGGCAGCGCCUGCAUCUCCACGGCCUGAGCUGGAAGACACGGGCAAUCAAGCAGAGGUAGAGGUGGAAAUGCCCAACGCCGAGCCAAAUCGCGAAGAUCGACGCCAGGUACAAAGCGCCGGCGCAGAGCCAGAUGCAAAGGGAUGGGACGCCGCUGCAGCAAUUAUGGAUGUGGACAGCGGCGGCACCCCCGCUGCGUGGGAAGAGCGCGAGACUGUUGAAUCGGAGGCGUCCCUGGAAGAAGCGGAAGGCAUGGAGGACGUGCUGAGUGAACUUGCAAGCACUGCGGGCGAUGAUAUCAGCGACGAAGAAACAGAGCAGGACGUUGCAACAAUGAGCCAUGCAGAGCAAGAUAUCGGUGAAGUUUAUGGCUUGAUGAGCUCCAUGCGCGAUGUUGCUGAUGAUACCAGCAUGUGCACCGACGAUGGAGAAGACACAGUAGAAGGCGAAGAAUUCGGGAAGCCCGAGGAGAUUGCCAUGGCAGUGGAGGUGCGAGGGGAAUCCGACGAGGGCGCCGAAGACGAGGAGAGCCCAGCAGAAAGGGAUCAACAAGAAGGCGCGGCAAUGGCCAUAGACGCGGGGGACGCGGAAGUCACGCGCGCGUCGAAGGACGAAGGCGACGAAGAAUCUGAAGAGGCAACGGACGCGUCUUCAGAGGAGUCAACGGGAGAGGAGGAAGCCAUGGAGCCAGCACAAAAGCGACACCGCUGCCAAGUAGACGGUGGAACCGCCGCGGAUUUGCCAGAACCACAAGCCAUGAAGCGCCCGGCCGCCAGAAGACCGUCGUCCAAAGAGCGGUGCCAAGGCUACAAUGGGCAGGCAUGUCGCUUCAACCGCGUCAACCCGGGCAACCCAGCAAGGAUUCAACCAGCGCGGCAACAGACCCAUUGCUUGCUCUGCGACCCCGUCCAGCUGCAAGCAGAUAGCAAGAAAACGCGCAAGAAUCCAUUGACGGCAGCCUUGAAGCAAUUCGUGGCGGAAGACGACGAAAAGGUCUUCAACGACGCAAUUGCCCGUGUUCGGCAAAUCCUGGGCGAUGCUGCCGCGGCGGACUUCGAGAGCCGCGCCCGUGGUCGACGGCGCCUGCAGGUGCCCAAGGGGCCGCUGCCCAAGUGGGAGGAGGAACUGCGCCGCUGCAAGCCGAGCGGAGCACCUCUGACAGAGGAACGCCGCCAACAGCACGAGAAAGAGGUGCAGGCAGACCAGCGUAUUGCCAGGCGGAAAAUCUUCUAUCCGGAAAGAAUCAAGAACCGCCACAAGGUGACACCAGAGACUGAGGCUGAGGAGCGCCGGCGAGUCGCUCUGGCAGGCACCGUCGAGCAACUGGCGCCCAAUGAUGUCGAAUUACCAGGACCUACAGACCCGACGCAAAAGAUGAUAGAGCGCUGGUGCAAGGAAGGGUCUUGGGCUAUCUGCACCACAUGCCACUCCAUGAAUAUGAGGCCCCUGGAGCCCCAGGAUACCCGAAAUGUCCGCUCGCCCACCAUACCCUCCUCCAAAUGCAAAGCUUGCGCGAGCGGCGUCUACAUUCCCCAGCUGCAAGACGUCCCUCCGAAGUUGCGCGGCCUUAAUGACAAGGUUCUGCAAGCCUUACGGCCCUUGGACAUAGAUACCGGCACCUUCCAAAUGGCAGAAUAUGGCUAUAGGGUUCAUACUUCAAUAAUAUCGUUCGCCUGGGCUGCAGAAAGCGUGCACGCCAAGAUUGCAGCACUCACGAAGAAACGGGAUCGAAAGAAAGCUCGGGCCGCCCUUCGCCAUUUGAUAGAAGAAGCCCCAAGCAGCAACUAUUACAGGACGUUUUACAAAGACCACACCGAGUUCCUCCAGACCCACGGCAAGGGCUUGCCAAUCUCGAAGCGAAAACAACCUUUGCGAUUCAUGGAGUCCGAAGGUUUGGAAUGUUGCUUGUGGCCCCACCUGUACUGGCGGGGCGACUUGUGUGAGACGGUUGUGCGGUUAGCGCACGAAGCCCGCCAGAAAAGGAAACGCAAGGCGGAAGAUGAUGACGGGUCGGACGAUGAGGAGCUCAGCCCCGGGGCGCGGCAGGUGAAAGAGCGAGCCGGCCGCGUCAGAAUGCACUUCCUCAGGAAGGUCCUGUCGCCCGUUGUCGGAUAUGGCUCGGACUACGAGCUCCUACACUUUGUCUACGAUUUAAGUAUGUGGACCACCAUCGGAACCAAGAAAAACAUCGCUUCGCAAUACAACGCGCAGCUCCGGCUCGUGCUGAAAGGUUGCCCUUGGGCACCACAAUACUGGCGUGUUCAGCAUCAGACAGUCAUCGACGUCCAACGCCAGUGCGGCAACGCAAGGCUGUUUCGUACCAGGGCGCCCUACGAACGCACCUUUCCUUACCACCGGUGGGUCAUGGACGAGCAAGCAAAGCUGGGCAGGCGUAGAAUGCAUUUGUCGGGGCCCGAAACCCUCCACAUGGCGCAUGUCCUGCUGCAGCUCGACAAGGGAUUCAUCUGCGGAGACAAGUUCUCGCCAAGCAAUCCCAGCAAAACAUGGCAGAAUCACGUGCUCGGAUGCGCCGACGGCACCAGCCGCCCGACCGUGCAAGCCCGCGUGACCAGGCUGGGGUUUCAAGACGGAAAGCGCAAGCUCGCAACGCAAAAAUACCACGGCCGCGGCACCACGCACUCCCACUCUCUGGACUUCCUGCAAAACGUUGAGGCCAUCCACCUGCAAACCAAGAUCUCAGCAAGCAUCCCGUCGGCAGAGACAGAGCCAUUCAUGCACGGGCUGGUGACGGACUCGCAAUGCGAUCGCAAGGACUCCAAAAUACCGGUCCGCGAAGAGCCGUCAAUAUGGGACCCCGAGGGGGAUCAGCUCUUGCUUCACCACUCGGAAGAUGACAAGCUUCAGAACGUGCGCGCGUACUUUAGAGACACGAUGCCCAUCACAAAGUGCCACGAAGAUAUCCAGCAAGGCGGAGGGCGCAGACAUCGCCACUAUGCUCACCUGCGCUACGUCGCCACAUACGGCACCAAGUUCAGCUCUAUGGAGCAGGAUUGGUUGAAUGACGACGCCUCGGAUUUCAGCGUGACCCGGCGAAUCCUGUGCGGCAAUCAGCCCUUGGAGCCCGAGAUGUGGAUGACCUUGGCGGCAAACAGAAGCCCAAGGUUUAUACAGAAUUAUGAAGAAUCUGAUUGGAGACCCUACGGCAUGAACCUGUUGGAGUUCCUCCGGAAGACCAACAGCGAAGGAGGCAUUCUCCAACACAUCAAACAGAAACACACCCGCCAUCUUUGGAAAGAAGCCGCGGAAGCAUUCAAAGGCGAAGAAGAUCAGCAAGAGCUGCUGAAAGAUUGGCAAGAAGCGUUCAAGGCUGCAAACCAGGAGAGAAAACGCCACCAGGAGAAGCCGUUGGAACUUUUCGACUUCUUGUUCGACAACGACGCCAUACCCAUGGUGACCUCCUUAGAACAAUUUGCCAUAGACUUCAAGCCACAAGGCGAAAAAGCGAUUGCUGCUAUGGUGAACAGCCGGUUGAACGACAAAUUUUACGGACAGUGGCUUGUACUCAACGUCCCCUUCAGGCACCUGGAAGAUUUCGAACGGGAUGCCCCAGCCAUUGCAGAAAAAGUGCCGGA